GUAUAUGGAAUCUGGGUCAGCUGUAGCUGGUUAGUGCACUUCUGCAUGGGAGAGUAAAACAGUGUAGUUUCAAAAAACAUUUCUCUCUCUCUUCUGGAAUAAAACUUCCUGGAACAUUACUUUUUUCUUUUUUUCUUUUUUUUUUUUUUAAUGAUUAGUUAAGCUUGGUUAUCGUAUGGAGAAACCCAAUUCCUCAAUACAGCUUGGAUCUAAUAGAGAAAGACAAAAGCAGUUUUCAACUCCAACUGCAGAUUAACAAUCCACAGCAUCGGGUAAUAUAGGAAGAAAAAGCAGCUUGGCCUCUUUUUCCAUCUACCACAGAAGCAAAACAGCUGGAAGAUUUUUUUUUUCUUGUCUCUUCUGACAGUCAUCAUACUUGCUUCAAAAUGAAGAUAUUUAAAUGGACUUUGGGUGUACUAUUGUUCCUGCUGUUGUCUAUCGGGCGCUGUACAGAACAAUCUACGCCUAAUAAAACAUCCCAAUGGAGGCACCCUCGUUCAGCAGACGGUGGAGAGGAAGGGAAGAAAUGUGGUUACACAUUCUUGGUCCCAGAACAAAAAAUCACAGGGCCAAUUUGCGUGAAUACUAAUGGACCAGGUACUGGUAACAGAAAAGACGAAGUCACAAGAAUGGACAUAGAGAACUUGAAGGAUGUCCUGUCCAAGCAAAAGCGGGAGAUUGACAUUUUGCAAUUGGUAGUGGAUGUGGAUGGAAACAUUGUGAAUGAAGUAAAAUUACUGAGGAAAGAAAGUCGUAACAUGAACUCUCGGGUCACCCAACUCUAUAUGCAACUCUUGCAUGAGAUAAUUAGAAAGCGUGAUAACUCACUUGAGCUUUCCCAACUGGAAAACAAAGUCCUUAAUGUUACAACAGAAAUGUUGAAGAUGGCAACAAAAUACAAGGAGCUUGAAGUGAAAUAUGCAGCCCUAACUGAUCUUGUAAAUAAUCAGUCUGUGACUAUCUCACUGCUGGAAGAGCAGUGCUUGAGAAUCUUCUCACGACAGGACACCCAUGGGUCUCCACCUCUUGUUCAAGUCGUGCCACAGCACAUUCCUAACAGCCAGCCAUACACUCCCGUUCUUCUGGGAGGUAAUGAGAUACAACGAGACCCGGGUUACCCUAGAGACAGAGAUGUAAGGCCACCACCUGAUCCAGCUACUUCUCCUACAAAGAGUCCUUUCAGAGUACCACCACUGGCUUUAAUUAAUGAGGGUCCAUUCAAAGACUGCCAACAAGCCAAGGAAGCUGGGCAUUCCAACAGCGGGAUUUAUAUGAUCAAACCUGAAAAUAGUAACGAGCCGAUGCAACUAUGGUGUGAGAACAGCCUGGACCCUGGAGGAUGGGCAGUUAUUCAGAAGAGGACAGAUGGAUCUGUCAACUUUUUCAGGAACUGGGACAGUUACAAGAAAGGAUUUGGAAACAUUGAUGGAGAGUACUGGCUGGGACUAGAAAAUAUUUACAUGCUUACCAAUCAGGAUAAUUACAGACUGUUGAUUGAGUUAGAGGACUGGAGCAAUAAGAAAGUCUAUGCAGAAUACAGCAGUUUCCGCCUGGAGCCCGAAAGCGAAUUCUACAGGCUACGCUUAGGAACUUACCAAGGAAAUGCAGGCGAUUCCAUGAUAUGGCAUAACGGAAAGCAAUUUACAACAUUGGACAGAGACAGGGAUAUGUAUUCAGGAAACUGUGCUCACUUUCACAAAGGCGGCUGGUGGUACAACGCAUGUGCCCAUUCUAACCUUAACGGGGUGUGGUACAGAGGAGGUCACUACAGGAGCAAGUAUCAGGAUGGAAUAUUUUGGGCUGAGUACCGGGGAGGUUCCUACUCCUUGAAAGCAGUUCAAAUGAUGAUCAGACCUAUAGACUGAGGAGGAAAAUCCCACAGUGCUCAAGUGAUCACGUAUAAACUUCUCAGUGCUUGAGUUCCAGAAAAAUAAAAUAUUACUUUUUAAUCAUUAUUUUGCACAAUCUGCCCCUGCAAAAAGCAGGUCUACAGUUUUCCUGUCUUUUUUUUUCCUGUUGUGUUCCACCCUCCUUUUUUUAGAAACCUUUUCUACUGUGACAGACGGUGUUUUUUUAAACAUACAUUCACAAAAGCAGACGUUUGUGCUUGCAUAGCAUAUUUAUCUUUGUUCAAGUCCAACAUACUUUAUGUAAACAGUCAUUAAAGCUGGUAAAAAAUUCCAGUUUUAUGACAAGAUAUAAGCUUUUUCACUUAAAAAGCUUAUGCUUUUUCAGGUUAGCUCAACCCUUAAAUGUAAAUAUGUGAAAUGACAUUGUCUUGCUUUAAUGUGAAAAUUGAUUAGUUAUUUAACAAUUUAUUUAAAAAUGUUGGUAUUACUUUCAAUGAAAAUCUGACUUCACAUUACUGUUUAAGAUUUUCUUCAAGAAGCUAC